ACAAGACAGUUUCCACUAUCCGGAAACAUACUGGCGUGUUUGAAGAGAAUUUGUGAAUUUAACUUUUUUAUUUAUUUUUCAUUAACCGAUUGUAGAGAUAUUACCAAAAUGUCUCAUAGCACUACAAAAUUAAAGAAGCCAACUGUUAAAGUAACAGCGUCUUCCAGGUUGAAUGUAAAUGCUAGAAUAGCGAAUGCAUCUAUCUCAGGAAUGAACAGAUUAAACCAAAGUGUAAUAAAUCGCAGCGGCGUUGGGUCAAUGAGCCGGAGAAGUGUGAGUUUACAAGGAGACUGCAAGACGCUCGAUAAGAGCCCUCUUCAAACAACCAAACAAGUUGCACAGGUAUUUGAUGAAAAUGGGAAAGAUGUCACUCCUCAGCCACUCUUCCACCCUGAUCCAAGUGCAGUGCAGUCCAAACAGAGCAAAAUCUUCUCAUCUCAGGAGACGUCAGCCAAUGCGUCCGAUUUCUUAUCUACUAUAUCUGUGUGCCAGACUGGGGUCAAUGCAAGCUUUGCUGGGCCAUUCACUAGGUCAGUUUUUGGAAGCAGUACUGUUUCUAGAUCAAGUCAAUCAAUGAUGGAAUCAAUGAAUGAGGAAAUUGAGGAUCCAGGUUCCAAGCGAGAUGUCACCAUCAGCCUUUCAGAUGUACAGGUGAGAAGGGAGGAGGUACAGGAACAAUUGACAGAAGAAGUGUUGUGUAGCAUUGUAGACAGAUGUUUGACCGAAACAGAAACCAUUUGGCUACUGGACAUGCCAGCUGUCAUUGUGUCUUUGGAUUCCGAAGAAGCCGAAACUAUCAAGGAGAAAAACAGCAGAUAUGAGGAAGUUUGUAAAAACAGGGCAGGCAAUGACCAGUAUGUUGAAAGGAUGAUGCAGACUUUUAAUGGGGCACCAAAAACAAAAGAAGUUCAGUGUGAAAAAAUCAACAUGGUGGAUGCAGCUGUGAUGGCAACCACAUGGGACAUGUAUGAUACUUUCAACACCUCUACUGCAGAAGGAGAGCCUAUAAAGGCAUUGGAAACAGAUAAAUCUGUCCGCCGAGAAAGUGUUUCAACCCACAGAUUGGAUGCAAGCAGAGCUCCUGAAAGAACAAUGUCGAUUAUAAGUACAACAAGUAUAACUAGCCGUUCCAGUUCAGGGAUGGAUAUAGAGAGUGCUGUCCUACAAAUGAUGCCUACAGAAGAUGAGCUAGAUCCUGAAUUAAUCCUGCAGUCUGAAAAAUUCCAACAGGACUUAUUUGUUAUGGAGAGAAUCCUCAUGGAAAACAUCUUUCAGCCCAAGCUGGCAGCCUAUAGACAACUUCCAAUACUUAUAGACCCCGACUGUAUACGUGAAGAGGAAGGGGUUAUCGAAGGUGACAAAGAAGAGGAGACCGCUGUAGAAACUUCGGCACCAGCGUUAGAUCGCCUGUGGUCUUUUACAUGUGAUCUCACAAAGGGUCGCAAUGUAAGCAGCAUGGCAUGGAACAAGAAGAAUACGGACCUUCUGGCUGUUGGCUAUGGGCAGUUUGAUUUCAGGGACCAGAAAUCUGGACUAGUCUGUUGUUGGUCUUUGAAGAAUCCAAUGUGGCCAGAAAGAAUCUUCCAUUGUGAAAGCGGUGUGACAGCUUUGGACUUCUCUGCUAAUAGUGCAAACCUGUUGGCCGUGGGAAUGCAUGAUGGAAGUAUAGCAAUCUACAGUGUGCAGAGCAAAGACAAGACACCAGUAAUAGACAGCAGUGAUUGUGCUAACAAGCACACCAGCCCUGUAUGGCAAGUCAAGUGGAUAGAGCAGGAGAAGGGAACUACAGGAGAGGACAAGGGGGAGACCCUCAUUUCAGUGUCUGCAGGUGGCAGGAUUACCAAAUGGUACCUUAGAAAAGGCCUAGACUGCAUUGACCUGAUCAAACUUAAAAGGACGAGAAAUGAAAAAGUCAAGAAACCAGCAGGCGAGAAAGAACGAAAGACUGAGGCUUUAAUUUCAAGACAGGCACCUGGGCUGUGUUUUGAUUUCCAUCCUAAGGACUCAAACAUUUAUCUGGCUGGCACAGAAGAAGGUCAUAUUCAUAAAUGUUCAUGUUCAUAUAAUGAACAAUAUCUGGAGACUUAUAGAGCUCACAAAGGGCCUAUUUACAAAAUUGCCUGGUCCCCCUUUUGCCCUGAUGUGUUUCUGAGUUGUUCAGCUGACUGGACUAUUCAUCUCUGGAGGCAAGAUCUGUUUAAACCAGUUCUUGGCUUUGCCUCCACGUACAGAGCUGUGUUUGACAUAAUGUGGUCCCCUAAAUUGGCCACUGUGUUUGGAGCAGUGAAUGAAGGAAGAGUAGAGAUCUGGAAUCUUGGUUCUAGCAUUCUGGACCCUAUUGCUGUGAGCUCCGCCAGCCCUGGGAUAAAACUGACCUCAUUACUGUUUGCCAAUGAAACGGACUGUAUUCUCGUUGGAGAUAGUGACGGACAAGUCAGUGUUUAUGAAAUGAAGAACUUGCCUACUGGAAACAAUACUCAGGUGAAUGCAUUAUACGACAUAAUCGGGUCAACCCUGGCAAGUCAGCUGUAAUAAACAUCAAUACUGAAGACGCAAGAGACAAGUAUACUGUAUUUUGGGGCACAUGUUGUUUGUGUAAUACAUUUAUAAUAGGAAUCUAAAUAAAAUUAACAUUUCCAUUUUUUGUCAUUCUGUUUACAUCAUGGAUAUUUAGAUAAGUACAAUGGUAGACAGAAAGUCGCAUGUGAAGAGAGAUCAAUCCGAUUAAAGCAUUUAAACUGUCUUAUUCAGUUGACAUUACCCAGAAAUAUACAUCUUAUUAUUUAAGCUUUAUAUCCAGAGUAAUAGCAUAAUACACUGUUCACAAAAAUUAGACAAUAUCUGAUUUUGAAACAGAAUUAUAAAAUGUCAUAUGAAUAAGCUUGGACUGUAAUGUGGGAUUGACAUGCACAAGUAGUGAGGGUCAUUCACGUAUUAGGUGGACAGUUAAACGUGAAAUAAUACUUGAGGUUUUCACAUAGUGGUUUGUGCAACCACAAGGCAUGAAAUACAAAUCAGAGGUGAUGGAGAAUUUAUACAACACUUGCAUUCAUUCCUUUCUACUGUUUAACCAAACAACAUCUAACACAAAAUGGAAGGACACCUGACAGAAUACUCCAGAGCACAAGGAUCCAAAGCUUUGCCAGCCUCUUGUGUUCUUUUUCCCAGUAAGCCAGAAAUAUCACUGAUGUACUGUACAUUAAAUGUCCCAGAUGUACCCCCAGCAACAAUGCUGGGCACUAGUGCGCUGUGUUACUGUGUUCAAAGUGUGACAGAUCAGUAGAAACUACCAUAGUAAUCCACAAAUGUGCAGGUUUCAGUGGAAACCAUGAUGGAUAGCCCUAUUUCUAUGCAACCUAUGAAGUCAAGAUGCAGGCAGGCAGGGUAAGUCCAUAGUGUCUUAUCUAAUAUACCAGCCUGGGAUAUGUGAUAUGUUUUUAGAAUAGCAAAGGUUCGGUUUAGUAUUCCAACAUGUAGAAAAUUAGUUACUAACUUCUAAAUGGGCUAGACUAACUAUUUAGUUUCUUAUUUCUGGAUGAACCAUUGUGUUUGAUCUUAUAGGGAAACAUGGCUUGCCAAGAUGAAUGAAAGUGGAUUUCUCAGGAUCCAAGUAGUAGAAUCAUUUUACACAGAAUAUAUAUAUAUAUUUAAUUUUAGAGAAUAUUUUUAAAUAAUUGGAUUUGAACAUUUCAACAAGAAACCAAAAUAAAUGUAUUAACCAAACUACAGUACAAUGCUUCUAGUUUAAAAGUAGUUCCCUGAUUCAUUAACAUAUAUAGAACAAUAUUAACUAAUCUGAGUUUAAGACUUUCAUAAAUUAGCACUUUUUGAUUAUACAGUAUGUUCUGUCCUGCUUGUGUUUAAAACGAUUAAAGUCAACAUUUGAAUAAGAUAUACAUUAAAAGCUAGUUAAACAAAACCUGAAGUGCAAUCAUUUAUCUGUACAUAACUAGAAUGUUUAAUUUUCAAUUAUCACAAUUAAGUGUCUGUAUUUUGUAAAUUUCAGGUAGUUUUAGUGGAAAUGUAUCAUUAAAAGAUUAUGGAUCUGCAAAAUGUGAUUUCUUAUUCCUUGUGACAUAUUAAAUAAAAGUAUAUUUCUUGCUGGUUAAUAUGCAACUAUAACAAAAAACCUUAGUGAAAAAUAUGCAAGCAUACGUGAAGGUAGAGGUUGUACUGAUAUUCCCUCAUUCACACGUUCAUUUAAUACUGUAUAUAUUGUAUAUUAGAAACCCUGAAUGUAUAUAAG